CCUCCCAAUUGAGGCAUUCCUCUUCCCUUCUUUCACACCCCGGAGGGAGCUGCGGAGCCGAGAGAAACCUCCAAUUCGUGGCCACCAUUUGUAUGCACUCAUUGAGAACCAGCUCCCUUCCAAUCAUGAAGCGGGCCAGACCCACCCCACCACCAACGCCACCGCUCUCCACCACCAAAACCAGCAGACCCAUCUCCAAAAAACCCAAACCCACGACCCCACCCAAGUGGGUUUCCCUCGGCCUCACCAAAUCGGAGCUCUCCCUGCCCCUCACUUUCCCUACUGGCCAAACCUUCCGGUGGAAACAGACGGGCCCUCUUCAGUACACGGGCGUUAUCCACUCCCACCUUGUCUCUCUCAAGCACCUCCAGAACGGCGACGUAUCCUACUGCCUCCACCACACCGCCACCUCCGAGGCCAAGGCCAAGCUUGCCCUGCUCGAUUUUCUCAACGCGGGUAUUUCUCUCAGCGACGUCUGGGAGAUCUUCUCGGCCUCGGACCCGCGGUUCGCCGAGCUGGCGACCCACUUGGGCGGGGCCCGGGUGCUCAGGCAGGACCCGCUCGAGUGUUUGGUUCAGUUUCUGUGUUCGUCUAAUAACAACAUUGGGAGGAUCACCAAAAUGGUGGACUUUGUUUCGUCCCUUGGGGAUUUUUUGGGGACUGUGGAGGGCUUUGAGUUCCACCAGUUCCCGAGUUUGGAGCGGCUGGCGAUGGUCUCAGAGGACGAGCUUAGAGAGGCCGGUUUCGGUUACAGGGCUAAAUACAUCAUUGGUACUGUAACUGCUUUGCAAUCAAAACCUGGUGGAGGUGCGGAAUGGCUUGCUUCUCUUCGGAAUUCGGAUCUUCAAGAGGUUAUUGAUGCUCUCUCUACUCUACCUGGAGUUGGUCCUAAGGUGGCAGCGUGCAUAGCUCUCUUCUCUCUUGAUCAACACCACGCCAUUCCUGUUGAUACGCAUGUCUGGCAGAUUGCUACAAGAUACCUAUUACCGGAACUUGCAGGUGCCCGUCUGACACCUAAGCUAUGCAGCCGUGUGGCAGAGGCAUUUGUGAGCAAAUAUGGCAAAUAUGCUGGCUGGGCUCAAACUCUGCUCUUCAUUGCUGAAUUACCUUCACAGAAGGCCCUCCUACCAUCACAUUUUUGGAGCAUCAAAGAAAAGAAAUCCGCAAAGAGUAAGAAUGGCAAAAUGUGCAGUGGUAAUUGAAGCUAUAGCAGAUCAUUUUCAAAGCUUCCUUAAUGGACAUAACUCUAAAUGCUUCCACACCCCCUUUCCUUUUACCAAGAGCAUGACCUAGUAGAAGCUAUGGAUCUCAAGAUCAAAAUUGAAGAGCAUUGUGGGGAAUAACAUUUUUCCCAGCUGUUUAAUCUUAUUUAUUUUUUUUGAGAAAUAUACUUAUCAAAAAAAAAAUAACAUUUUUCCUGGUAAAGAUAUCUGGACAUUGAACCACGGUGCAAUUAAGAAUGGCAAAAUGUGUAGUGGUAAUUGAAGCUGUAACAGAUCAUUUUCAAAGCUUCCUUAAUGGACAUAACUCUAAAUGCUUCCACGCCCCCUUUCCUUUUUCCAAGAGCAUGAUCUAUUAGAAGCUAUGGAUCUCAAGAUCAAAAUUGAAGAGAAUUGUGGGAAAUAACAUUUUUCCUGGUAAAGAUAUCUGGACAUUGAACCAUGGUGCAAUUUUGCACAGUUGGAUGGAGGAUGAUGUCAAAACUGCAUGUCUUUUUCAGGUUACUUCUGUAAACAGUGGCAUCUUGCUUUUUAUGUAUGAAUUUUUAUUUUUAUUUCCUUCAGGAUGCCCUUUCUGUAAAUCAUUCACAUUAAGAAAUCUCCUUCUGUAUUUGGUCAUUUGUUCUUAUUUAUGGUGUAAUAGCCCAUUGUUUUCUCU